AUCAUGAAAUUGAAAUGAAAAUCCAAAUAAGAUUUUUCUAAAAAUAACUCACUUGUCAACAGUUAUUCUACUUUAAUUUUAAGCAGGAAGUAAUUGGAUUUGUUGUCAUGGGAAUUCAAGGACUUUUACCGUUUCUAAAGAAGAUACAUGACCAUGUGAACAUUGCCAAGUUUUCUGGUUGUACAGUGGCUAUAGAUGCUUAUUGUUGGCUACACAAGGGAGCUUUUUCAUGUGCUGAGAAAUUGGCCCUUGGAGAAAAAACAGACCAAUAUGUGUACUAUUGUAUGAAAUACUUGGAGUAUAUGUUAAAGAACAAUCUGAAGCCUAUCAUGGUGUUUGAUGGAUGUCAUCUGCCCUCAAAGAAAGACGUAGAAAAGACAAGAAGAGAAAAGAGAAAUAUGUAUAAGAAAAAAGCAGCUCAGUUGUUAAGAGAAGGAAAUCGAGCGGAAGCUAGAGAAUGUUUACAGAGAUGUAUAGAUAUAAGUCCAGAAAUGGCUCUCAGAUUAAUGGAGGUCUGCAGAGAAAGGGGAAUAGAUUGUAUAGUGGCACCGUAUGAGGCUGAUGCUCAAUUGGCAUUCUUGAGUAAAUCUGGUAUUGCUCAAAUUAUUGUAACAGAGGACUCAGAUUUAUUACUAUUUGGUUGUGAAAGAGUAAUAUUUAAAAUGGACCAUUUUGGUAAUGGAGUAAUGAUAGAAAAAAGUAAACUGAACGAAGUGAUGGAAAUACAGAAUGGUUUCUACACAUUUGAUAAGUUCCAGUACAUGUGUAUUUUAUCUGGAUGUGAUUAUCUCCCAUCUUUGUCAGGCAUUGGAUUAGCUAAAGCUUGCAAAGUGUUCAAAUUAGCCAGACAAGCAGACCUAAAAACACUUUUGAAGAAGUUUCCCACCACUUAUUUAAAGAUGUCGUUGACAGUUACUGAUGAAUAUAUAGAUGGUUUCAUUAAGGCUUACAAUACAUUUCUGUACCAACUUGUUUUUGACCCUUUAAAGAAAAGACUGGUUCCCCUUCAUGAUUAUGAGGAUGGUAUAGAGUCCAGUGAUGUCCCCUAUGCCGGACCAUAUAUACCACAUGAGAAAGCUUUGCAGAUUGCCUUGGGUAAUAUCAACAUUUAUACCAUGGAGAAAUUUGCUAAUUUUAAUCCUGAUAACUUUGUGCCAAGUAAAGCCAGUAAGAAGAAAUCAAAAAGUUUACACAUGCUGAGUAUGUGGAACAAAAAUUACAGGAUCAGACCUAAAACUCACUUAACCGAGACACAGAAUAGACCAAAUCUGAAAGGAAAGGAAGUAGUCAUCAAAACUAAGAUACAGACGAGACAAGAAAUUGUCAAACCUGCUGAUGAUAGCUUGGAAGUUAAAACAGACGGAGAGCUGACUGGUAUGUACCAGAACUCACCAAAGAGGAAACUAAGGGAGAUAAGUAGCAGUGAUGAUGAACCAAGCCCUUGUAAAAGACGACGACAAAACAGCAGUAGUGGAGAAGAACUUUCCCCUAAAAAGUGCCAAAAGUUUAUGAAAUCUCCACGUAAACCAGAAUUUUUCAGUUCUUUAGUUGAAGCAGAUGUUGAUUCAUCUAUUUGUGACAAUUCUAUUGCUGAAGAGAAAAAUGAUAAAGAAAAUGAUAUUACAUCUCCACGAAGAAAUAGAUUUGCUUUAGUGAGUCCUUCAAAGAAAGCUAAAUUCAACUUAAAUGCGCCAAAGGAAGUUGUGAAAAGCAGGUUUUUUGCUUCAUCUUCUUCACCAUGCAUCAAAACUGAACCAGUUGCUGGAGACAUAAAAGUGGACCAGAAACUUGAAAAAUCUGCCUCUGUUCAAUCUGACAAUGAAACAAAACAAGAAAUUAAGAACAUUGUACCUCAACAUAAAAAAGACAAUUCGAAACCUUCAAAUAAAUCGGCAUUUAGUUGGAAUAGGUUUAAGUCAUCUUCUCAAAAUAGUAUAGAAUCUAGUCCUCAUUCUAGAAAUCCAUUUAAACGGGUUGUUUCGGAAAAACAAAUAAGCUCUACACAAAAAAAGUCAUGUCCGAUACGCAAGUCAUCAUCACAGCCAUCAAUGUCACGAUCUGAUUCACAGAAAAGUUUAGAUAAUCUGAGUCAAGUCAGUUCCUAUAGCAACUUAUACAGCAUUGAUUCUGACUGUUUUUCAAAACCUGAGGAUAUGGAUGACUUAAGUGAUUGUGAGUCUAGCGUUCGGGAUAGUGAGACAAAUAACUCUAGUCAGAAUAUAAGUAGUCCAAAUAGUAUCCAGUCUUCAGGAAGACAGAUAAAUGAAGUAAAUUCUAGUGAGAGUUUAAUUAGUCAAGUCAUUACAGAAUGUCCUGAGGAAGAGGAUGAGGAUAUUAUUGUAGUGAAAACAGAACCAGGAACCAGUUCUCAGGAAUCCAAAGUGAAAGUAAAGAAUGUACAAAAAGCUCCAACUAUGUCUGGUUGUCAUGUUUCUGGCUUAUCAAGGGGAAAGAAGAAGACACCAGCUGUUGAUAUAAAACAACAAAGUUUAAAGGAUAUGUUCAGUAAAUUCUCAAAUAACAGAACUGAAAAGCCAAAGUUGAAGCAUGAAAAGAGUGAAGACCUGAAUGCUACUCCUACCACAGACAAUAGUGUUUUAUCUUUGAAAGGUGGCAUACAACGUUGUUUACUGCCAUGAACACACAUGGACAGUUAUAAAUAUAUCUCUUAGAGAACUUAGCUGCAAUGAGUUUGAUCUCUGAAUAGAGCAGUACACCACCUAUACAUCCAGUUUUGCAUCUGAAUGUUGUAGUACAACACUUCAUCUAAGAGAAAAACACUACAACUGAGAGUACAUUGCUUCAAGUUAAAAGGAAAACACUUGAAAUAAGAGUAAUGUUUUAGCAUUGAAAGGUUUUCUAUAGUGCUGUCAACCAAUAUUAUAUUUUAAACAGCACCGAAAGUGAUGUAUCUUUCAAAUAUGAUGUACAUUUUAUGUCAACAAUGAUAAGCUAAAUCUUGGACUAGAACAACACUCUAUACUGCCAUGAAUGAUGUUAACAUAUUAUCUUGAGGGUAGUGAAACAACUAAAACUUAAGAGCAAAAUUUCAUGGUUCAUAAUAUAUGGAAAUAUGAAAGUCUGAUUGGGGCAUGGUGUCAUAUGAACACAUAUUCUUGAGCACAUAAUUUUUUGUUAACGUCAAACAAGUGAGGGUAUAUUUCACAACUUCUAGAUUGUGACUUGACACAAAACCUAUAUCAGAACUAUUUUGAAAUGUCAGCAAAUGGCCAGUUUUCUCUUGAUGCAAUGUUUUUAUGAAAAUUAGAUCCUUUGUGAUCUGAUAUUGAACAUUUAUCAAUAAAUUGAAGAUUAUAGUGCUUAUAAUUAUUUGAAAGUAAUGAAAUCUGUUUUAUAACCACAUUAUACAGUGUUCUAUAUUUUACUGUUUUACAUGAUUUCGUUUUCUUUUAUUUGUAUGGUUGUUAAACAUUUUAUAUAAAAAUAAAUCAAGAUUUUAUUAUUGA